CAAAAUGGCGGCACCUCCCGACCCGCCACCGCUCAACCUCCCUCCGCCCUACAACUCCCUCCCCCGCCUCCUCCGCCACCACCGCCUCCCUCUCCGCCACCUCCUCGCCGCGCACGCGCUCGCCGCCGUCGCCGGACACCUCUCCCUCCCCGACUCCCGUCCCCAUACCCUCCUCCUCGUCUCCUACUCCCGCCUCGCGCGGCCCCUCCCCGCCGCUCUCCUCCUCCUCUUCCGCUCCUCCCUCCGCCUCUCCGUCGCCCCAACCCGCCACUCCCUCCCACUCGCCAUCUCCGCCGCAUCCUCCGCGGGCCGCCGAUACCUCCCGCUCGCCCUCUGCCUCCACGCCGUCGCGGUGGCACGCAACCUCCUCCUGUUCCCGCACGUCGCCAACGCUCUCGUGUCACUCUACGCCAGGCACGCGCUCCCAGACUACGCGCGCAGGGUGUUCGACGGGAUGCCCGCGCCGGACGUCGUCUCCUACAACGCCCUGGUGCACGGGUACAUCAGAGCCGGGCGGUUGGCGCUCGCGCGGGAGGUGUUCGAGGGGAUGCCCGUUCGGGACGCCACGUCGUGGGGCACGGUCGUCGCUGGGUGCGCCAAGGCUGGGCGGCUGGAGGAGGCGGUGGCUCUGUUCGACAAGAUGACGGAGGAGGGGUUCACGCCCGACGACGUCGCGCUGGCCGCGAUGCUUUCGUGCUGCGCACAGCUUGGCGCCCUGGAGAAAGGGCGGGAGGUGCACGAGUAUGUCAAGCAGAGCAAGCCCCGGCCGAACGUGUUCUUGUGCACGGGGCUCGUUCAUCUCUACGCCAAGUGCGGGUGCGUCGAGGCUGCGAUUGAGGUGUUUGAGGCGUGCCCCGAGAGGAACGUGUUCACGUGGAACGCGCUCGUCGUCGGGCUGGCGAUGCACGGUCAUGGAACAGUGGCGCUAGAGUACUUCGACCGGAUGCUGGCUGAGGGAAUUCAGCCAGACGGGGUCACUUUUUUGGGAGUGCUGAUUGGUUGCAGCCACGCCAGCCUUGUGGGCAUGGCAAGGCGGGUCUUUUGCGAGAUGGAGGGCGUGCACAAUGUUCCCCGGGAGCUGAAGCACUACGGGUGCAUGGCUGACCUGCUUGGUCGGGCUGGACUCAUCGAGGAAGCCAUGGACAUGGUCAGGACAAUGCCCAUGGAAGGGGACACUUAUGUGUGGGGAGGUAUACUUGCUGGCUGUAGAAUUCACCAGAAUGUGGAGGCUGCGGAGGUUGCAGCCCGGCAUCUGUUGGAACUGAACCCAGAUGACAGUGGGGUGUACUCUGCCAUGGCUGGGAUCUAUGCAGAUGCAGGUAGAUGGGACGAUGUUGCCGAGAUCAGGAAAUUGAUGGAUGAAAGGAUUCAUAGGAGGAAUGUUGGCUGCAGUUCAGUUAUGACAGAUCAAAAAGAUGGUAUAUGCUGAGCUGACCCGGGCAUCACCCUAACAGUGUGAAUCAAAGGAAGGAAUCACAGUGAAAAUUUUGCCAAGGACUGGAAGGAAUCACAAUGAAAAUUCUGCCAAGGACGCAAGGGCUCAACCUCUGUAUUUUGCCAAACCUUAUGCUGCCAAUGUGAAGCUGAUGACUGAGAGCCAUCUUGGCAUAAUCUGAUGGCUACUUUCAUGCAUGGCAUUACAGAUCAUUAACUUUGUGGCAACCUGAUUCUCUUGUUGGAUCAAAUGCGGAUUCCGAUAUUGAGGAAGGCAGCACAUGAACUGAAGAGGGACAGGAAUAAUUCUGGGCACAGUGCAGCUAUUAUUUUUCUCAUGGCUAGUGGGCUGGUCCAGCCCCACUGUUUCUCAGGAAAUAGAAUCUGAAAGAUGAGUGUAGCUCAAACUCUGCAGAUUUCUCAAUUUACCCCCUUUUUGUGAGAGUGUA